AACACUCUGAGGAAGAAGACGCUGAGCUCCCGUCCGGUACGCGGCGCUCGGCUCCAGCAAGCAGCCGAGGAGCAGCACCGGGAAGCGGACGCUGCCGCAGCACCAUUUCGGUCUUCAUUCAUUGCUGAGGCCUACGGCGCUCUGUGGGACACACAGAAUUCAUCAUGGUGAAAAUUUUUAUUGGCAACCUCGCCUCCAGCACCACACCAGAGGAGCUGCGGGAACUCUUCGAGAAGUACGGCAAAGUCACAGAAUGCGACACUGUCAAAAACUACGGCUUUGUCCACAUGAGCAGCAUGAGCGAGGCGGAGGAGGCCAUUAAAAACCUCCACCAGCACCAGCUGCACGGCUGGCGCAUGAAUGUGGAGAUGAGCAAAGGGCGGCCAAAGUCCACCACCAAGCUGCAUGUCAGCAACCUCGGGGAAGGGGUCACGAGUGAGGUUUUGAGGGCCAAGUUUGAAGAGUUUGGCCCAGUGGUGGAGUGUGACAUUGUUAAGGACUAUGCCUUUGUUCACAUGGAGCGAGUGGAUGAUGCCAUGGACGCCAUCAGUAAGCUGGACAACACAGCCUUCAAAGGCAAGCUGAUGAGCGUACAGCUGUCCACCAGUCGCCUUCGCACUGCCCCGGGAAUGGGAGAUCAUACGGGCUGCUUUGUCUGCGGGAAACAUGGUCACUGGUCGAAAGACUGUCCAGUCGGUCGGAACGGUAGCCACGGUGACAGCACGAGAGGUCGCAGCGCCUGGGCCCCCCCACACGGUCCCCCGAGUUUUGGCAGGGGCAACUACGGGAUGGCAGCAGCUGAUUACAUGGGCGGCUCUGCGUAUAGUCGGGCUAGUUUCGUAGGUGGGUUGCCUCCGCCUCCCCCCCGCAGGCUUAGCAUCUACGGCUCUGAGCUGGGGGAUCGUUAUGGCAGCAGAGCAGCGGGCUCCUAUGCUGACAGGCCAUCAGCCUUUGAUCGUGACAGUCUCUAUAGCAGUGUUGACUAUUAUGAGAAAUACAGAGCUCGGCCUUUUGGCUCGAGCUAUUUCGAAGAUCGGCGCAUGUCCUAUCUCCCCCCUCCCCCACCCCCACCUUCCUCUCUCUCAAAGCUCACAUCCAGCGUAGACCCAUUUGAGCGGCGGCCUCUGCCUCCACCUGCAUCGACUGCCGCGUACUACGCACGCGAGCGCAGCCCGACCAGACGAGCAGCGGCCCCCUCGGCAGGCUCGGCCUACGAGCGAACGCGACUGUCGCCCGUCUCUGCGUCCAGGAGCUCCUACGCUGCCGCACGAUCCAAGGAUCAUUACGCAGCACGCUACGCGCCUUACUAAAGCCAGGUCUGACUAACUACACGACUUUAGCGUCACUCCUUCAAGCGUGAUCCCAUCACCCCGCGUUGAUGAAUAAGGAAACAAAGACUCCGUUUGGAAAAUGGUGUCCGCGUCUUCCAGGCGUCUGAGAUGCCAGUGGCCUGCAGACUCGUCCUGUCAGUCACGUUCAUGCAGCUUGUUUUCCAAUGGGAUGGUUGGCAGAUGUUACAGUCGUGACAUUUAUCACAUAUAAAACAAUUAUCUUACUUGCUCUGCAGGGUUUCAGCUCAGUUUUUAGCCAAGUCUUUCUUUCGUGUCUUUUUGUUACUCAUUGCAAAUUGUUAAAAUGUUAGUUUGUCAUUAAGACGUGUUCUUGUAAUACAUAAACAUUUAAUUUUUUUUUUUUUUUAGUUAACUGAGAUGAGGGUUAACCUGUGCCGCUUAUUAAUGGCGUCUUAUUUCACCCCUUCACGCUCGGUUGGUGUCGGUGUAGCGGAUGUCGAUAAAGAGAAAUGUUUGACUAAAGCUAAAAAAGUGUGAAAAAUGAUGGAGCAUCCAGCAGUCUGCUGCAGCGGGCCGAGAGGCCUCCUGUGUUCUUUAUCCCAGGUAAAGCCAGGUGUGGGGAAUCGUGCCGCUGAGCUAGGAUUUACCGUCUCACUCUGAGAUGAAACCAAAGUGAUCAGAAACAUUCCAGCUGUUUUCUGAGUGUGUGGGAUGUUCGAUCGAUGCAGUUUUGCUCUUCUAAAAUUCUACAGAGGAGUGAUGCAAUGAGACUGAUGCACAUUGUGCGACUAAGAAACUGUUUUCUUCCCAGUGGCAGUGUUGCAGACUGUGCAUGUAGCUAACAGCAGAUGCAGAGCGAGGGCUCUGCUGGAUCCAUGUAAACGCUGUAAGCGGAGAAGCUCGGGGCGCUUCCUGUGCUCUGCUGAAGGUGCCUUUGUUUGCUUACAGGCCUCUGAAGUUUGUAUUUUUCAUACUAGCUGAAAAGAAAAUACCAAUAUAUCUGAAUGAUUUUUAAUAAAGCCAAAUUAUUUUGA